AUGGGCAUGAGGUUCAUUAUGUCUUCCACUACAAAUACAAAACAACAUUACAAAAAUUGUAUUAGAUGCAACUUGAAUGAAAGAAAAUCAACGGGCUACAAAAGGUUUAUUCAAUCACAAUCUGUGGUGGAUGAUUUGAAAAAAUGUCUUAACGUUGAUGCUGAAAUUGACGAUUUUAUCUGUAGCAAGUGUUACGCUGUUUUUUCAUGUACGAGGAGUAGGUUGACAAAAGAAGAGGCGACAACAACAAAUCAGUCUGAAGAUAGAGUAUCCCAAUCGUUCAGCCAACUAUCUGUUUCUUCAACAAAUUCGUCUCAACAAACUGAUCCUGGAGAUCCUCCUAUAUUGUUUACUGAACGAAAGAUAGUCGAGGAAGACGAAAUAGAAUUACCUAUACCAAGAUGUAUUGCCACACAUAAAUAUUGCUGUAUAUGCAGAAAAGAACGUAAUCUUAUGGCAGUACCAAUGGAAGCCCGGUUGCAAGUUUUCACUGUGAGGAAUAUUUUCAUUCCCGCUGCAACAUCUAAUAUUAGCAGUAUGAAAGCUUCUGAUGUUUCUAAUUUUUUACAAAAGUUCAGAAUAGAUGUUGAUAAAGAGCUUACUGACAAAGUUGGAGAUUUUUCUUUACCUGAAAAUCGUCUCAUCAUUUUCACGGGCUUCACGUGGGAAAAUCUUUUUGAACUGCGUGCAAUGAUGACAUCACUACGUAAUUCAGAUUCUCGAAAUGUCACUCAAGCCAUCGUCGUAUUUUUAUUCAAACUGCGAACAGGCAAAUCUAAUAACGUUAUUUCUUCUGUGCUCGGUUUGGAGCGUCCUCAACAAGUGUCUGAUUUUUCAGCUUCAGUAUUAGAAUCAUUUGAAAAAUAUGUGCUACCAUCUCGUUUUGGUAUAAAAGCAGCGAACCGACAGUACUUGAUAGAAAAUCACACUGCUCCAGUCGCAAAAUUAUUACACGAUUUGAACGAUAGUCAACUGGGUUUAGUAUGUGAUGGUACAUAUCUUAGGCAUGAAAAAAGUACAAAUAACGAAUAUCAACGUAAAUCGUAUUCAGGUCAAAAAAAAGCUCCGUUGUGCAAACCCUUUACAAUUUGCACAACUAAUGGUUGUAUAGUAGACAUGUUGUGCCCGUAUUAUGCGAAUGUUAACGAUGCAAAAAUACUUGAAGAUAUUUUUAAUGAUCCAGAAGGUUUAGUCACUCUUUUAAGGCCUGGUGAUAAAUUUUUUUUGGACAGAGGUUUCAGAGAUGUUAUUUGCAAGUUAACUGAAAUGGGGUAUGAAGGACUCAUGCCAGCAUUAAAAGGUCAACGAAAACAGCUAACAGCCACUGAGGCAAAUAAUUCACGCAUGGUUACAAUUGUACGUUGGGUAGUUGAAGCAGUCCACGGUGUUAUCAGCCAAAAAUACAAACUUUUACAUAAUCAAUUUGACAAUAAAAUGAUUCCGCACGCAGGAACAUACUGUCGCAUAGCUUGCUUUCUUAUCAAUCUAUUUGGGAAAAGAUUCGUCUCCAGCAUUUCUAGUAGUGAAGAAGUGGUUAACCUUAUGAAAAGGAAAAAAGACACGGGCAACAGCUUGGCGGAAGAAGCGGAAAGUGGAAGAUGGAGUAGGCGAAAAACGAAAUUCAUGAAACUAACUUCAAACGAUAUUUUAGAUUUUCCAGAAAUGACAGAAGAAGAUUUGAAAAUUUUUUUCACAGGAACGUAUCAGUUGAGCCAAGCAAUUUCGUAUUUAGCUGAAUUAAUUGAUGAAGAGGGUCGAGUAAAUAUUGAUUAUCUGAAGGAAUCAUCAAGUGUACUCAAAAUUCAAGUUCGUUCUCGCCACAUAUCUGCCAAAACAUAUAAUUGCUACAUAGAAUAUACUCCUAAUUCGAUUGGAUAUGGUGGAGUCAAAAGAUACUAUUGUGAAUGUGCAAAUGGAAUGAGAACCGUUGGUUGCUGUUCACAUAUAGCUUCAGUAAUUUACUUUUUAUCGCAUGCUCGAUACUUGUCUAAAAUUAUAAGGCCGGCUGAAAAAUUGACAAAAAUCUACCAAGAAAAAGAAAUAGUUCCUGUCAUAAAUGAUGAUAGCGAUGAAAAUUAA